AUGGCUUUCCGCGGCGAGCGCUUCGUCCUGGACUUAGAUGAGCCCUCAGGGCCGUCCGAGGAACAAAUAUCAUCUCCAUUCUCCCUCAUCGGUGAAAUCCAAGAACGCACCCCGUCCGCCACCCUGUCCGCUCCCAAACCACCCACUCCCUCAGCGUCCACAACCGGCUUCCCCCCGCAUCGUCGGCGCAACAAACCGUCCUCCUUCAAGCAGAGGCGAGCAAACCAGUCGGCUCCAGCAGACCCAAGUCCUGCAUCACCCGCCCAGGAUGACAAGAAGACUAUCGACGAGGAGAAUCGCCGCCAGCUGGCAUCCAUGUCGGAUGCGCAGAUUGAACAGGAGCGGGAGGAGCUGAUGGCAGCGAUGGAUCCGGGGCUGCUUCAGAGUUUCCUCCGACGAGCAAGAAUCGAUGAGGACGAGACGAUCAGCGGCAAAGAGCCCCCGGCACCAACAUCGAAAGAACCGUCUAAGCCAAAAAAAUCAGUCUCCUUCGACAUCCCAGAGUCCUCUGUGUCAGGCUCGACAUCAAAAACAAAACCCACACAAAUCCAGCCCCAGAUUUCUGAAAAACAACCUGCCUCCGGAAAGGAUGACCUCGCACCAACCGAGCCCCCACAAGAUCUUCAUCCUGCCUCUGAGCGCCCCUCGUUGGACCCCGCCCUCCUCGAAGCCUUCCACUUCCCUCAACCGAAACAAUCCAUGCCCACUCUUGACCCCUCAUCUCCCUCCUUCUUAUCCGAUCUUCAAUCACAUUACUUCCCAGAGAUCGCCCACGAUCCAGCCGCACUGUCCUGGCUCCAACCCCCGUCGACCGACCCCGAAGACCCGGACUCUACAUCGGCCUACCACCCCGCUAGCAGUGCCAUCUCAGUCGCACCGUCCGCGAUUCGGUUCUCCCUGCGCGGCACGAUUCUCGCCCCCUCCACCUCUCUCUCCCUCCCGACCACCUUGGGCCUCCACCAUCACGGUGACGACCCCCAGGCGGCGGGGUACACAAUCCCGGAACUAGCUAUUCUCUCCCGCUCCUCCUUCCCUGCCCAGCGCUGUAUUGCAUGGCAGGUAAUGGGUCGAAUUCUGUUUCGUUUAGGCCGGGCCGAGUUUGGAGACCGUGGCGGGCAACUGUCCGAGGGGUUGUGGUAUGUCAUCGAAAAAGAAGGCGUCGUGGCUACCAUGCUGGCGGAGGCGGAUGGGUCAGCUGGCCAAAGCCUGGGCACGAAUCAGACUCCAGCCCCAGAGAACGAAGGUGCUGGAGCGGAUGCGGGUUCGACUGCACCGGCGGCUUCGGGCAUCGGACGUCAUGCGAGUGCCGCAGCAUGGGCGGUUGAGGGUGUCUGGCUGUGGCAGAAGGGCGGUGGUGGGGAUCGUGGGCUACUGAAGGAGAACCAGAUUCGCUCGCAAUAG